AUGGAAAGUGAUUAUGAAGAGAGUAUUUUUGGUCAUGAUAUAUCUUUUAGUAAGAAGAGUGUAGCAAAACGUCUUGGAAUACAAAUUAAACCAUCUGUUAAGUAUAAAAGUGUGCAAAAGGAAUUAACGAAUAAUGAAAAAACUUUGAUUGAGCUAAGUAGCAGUAGUUCAGAAGAUGAUAAUAAAGAAGACAAUAUAGAUAAUUCACUACCUAAGGAAUAUGGCUCACAUGCAACGUCAAUAUCUUCUUCAUCAGAAACAUUAAGAGUGAAUGUAAAGGUGUAUACUAGACAAGGUGCAGAUAUAACUGUGAUAAAAACAUUAAUAGUUACAUUAUAUAGAAGCGAUUUAAUAAUGAAAUUAGUUACAUUUAUAUCUAAUAACUUAUUACCUAUGGUCAAAAUAGAAAAAAUCAAGGUUUUUUUUGAUGGAGAUUUAUUAAACUAUUCAGAUAACUUUAACUCUAUAGGGAUUGAAGAUAAUGAACAACUAGAUGUAAAAGUUCCAUUUGAAUGCACAUGGAAAAUUUAA